AUGGUCAGCUUCAUUGCCCAGAUCCUCACUCUUGCGCUUGCCGGCUACGCCGCCGCGGCUGAGCUCGACAUCAAGGUCGUCGAGGUGCCGGACAGCUGUCCCAUCAAGACGCGCAAGGGCGACAAGCUCGCCAUGCACUACACCGGCACGCUCGAAGAUGGGUCCAAGUUUGACAGCUCGCGCGACCGCAACUCGCCCCUCGACUUUACGCUCGGUGCCGGACAGGUGAUCGCGGGCUGGGACGAGGGCCUCAAGGACAUGUGCAUUGGCGAGAAGCGUCUUCUCACGAUUCCCUACCACAUGGCCUAUGGCGAGUCGGGCUUCCCGCCCGUCAUCCCGCCCCGGUCCAACCUCAUCUUCGACGUCGAGCUCGUCGACAUCAAGAACCGCAAGCCGGCCAAGGGCGAGCUCUAA